CUCCUUCUUCUCCUUCUCCUCCUUCUUCUUCUCCUUCUCCUCCUUCUCUUUCUUCUCCUCCUCGCCGCCGAACCGACGCCGAACUCUGCGCUUGAUCGUCCUCGGAAAUGCGGGGUUCGGAGUGAGAAACGUUCCGAACUCGGACGGACCUUCGCUCGUGCUCCUUCGUCUGCGGACGUCCGCGCGGUUCCGGGAGAUGGAGGCUCGCCUGGCCGGGUCGCCGGACGCGGUUCUGGACGGAGACGCGGAUCCAGUGUGGUGAUGAGGAGGAUGAGGAGGAUGAGGAAGAUGCUGAUGCUGCUGACGUUCGCCGCGCUUUGGGACAACACCUGCGCCAUGGGCUCAGCAGGUGGCGUCGCACCUGGCCAAGAGUGGCUCUGGUCUCUGGUGUCCGCCUGCGCCCUGGUCGGCCUGGUGGUCUGCACGCUGACCUGCUUGUGCUGCAAGAAGACCAGGACCGGGACCAGGACCAGGACCAGGACCAGGACCAGGACCGGCUUCACGGAGUUCCACAAUGUCCAAGAUGGCGAGGACUUCCACGCUCACAUGGCGCCGGACGGCCCGGAUGUUUACAUCCUGCCUCUCACCCAGGUGUCCCUGCCGGUCGCUAGGCAACCCGCUCCGCCGGUCCAACUCCAGAAAUCUUCCAACCUGAGCCGCCACAAUCUCCUGUACCUGAAGGAGAUCGGAAAUGGCUGGUUUGGGAAGGUUCUUCUGGGGGAGCUCAAUCAGAACCUGCGAAGCAGUCAGGUGGUGGUCAAGGAGCUGAAGGCCAGUGCCAGCGCCAAGGAACAGAUGUACUUCCUAGAAGAAAUACAAGCUUACCGGGUGCUGCAGCACUCGUCUCUGCUGCAGUGCCUGGCCCAGUGCACUGAGGUCACGCCCUACCUGCUGGUCAUGGAGUUCUGUCCACUGGGUGACGUGAAGGGUUAUCUGCGAAGCAGCAGGUCUGCAGAGAGCGUCGCCCCCGAGCCGUUACUUCUCCAGCGAAUGGCGUGUGACAUCGCAUCAGGACUUCUGCACCUGCACAAGCACAACUUCACUCACAGAGACCUGGCUUUGAGGAACUGCUUGCUUACAGCCGAUGCUACAGUGAAGAUUGGCGACUAUGGCUUGUCCCACACCAAGUACAGGGAUGACUACUUUGUGACAUCUGAUCAGACUUUUGUGCCCCUGCGCUGGAUCGCACCUGAGCUGGUGGACGAGGUGCACGGAAAUCUGAUGGUGGCCGAGCAGACCCAACAGAGUAACAUCUGGUCUCUGGGAGUGACCAUCUGGGAAUUGUUGGAGCUGGGAAACCAGCCUUACAGCCAUUAUUCUGACCAACAAGUUCUGGCUUACGCCUUGAGGGAGCAGCAGCUGCGACUAUCCAAACCGAUGCUCAAAGUUCCUUUGGCUGAACGCUGGUACGAGGUGAUGCAGUUCUGCUGGCUCCCGCCUGAUCAGAGACCCAUUGCUGAGGAAGUCCAUUUGCUGCUGAGCUACUUGUGUGCCAAAGGUGCCAGCGAGGCCAAAGAUGACUUUGAGAGGCGUUGGAACUCCAUGCGGCCCAGUGCCGGACACAACAUUUGCAGCGGUUCCCCGAUGAUGACGCUAGAGCGGCCUUCGUCCACCUCCUCCUCUUUUCCUCUGCUUGAACGAUUCUCAGGCACUGACGGAUACCACUCAGAGUCUGGGGAUGACAUUUUAACGAUCACUGAGACCAGCCAUGGCCUGAACUUUGAGUACAGGUGGGAACAGGCCCGGGCAGAGCAAUCAUACGGAGGCCAGAACUCCUCCAGUGCCCUCAGUCAAGUCAGUCAUCAUGAAGCAUUUUAUCCACCGGUGGGGAUUGUGGGAGGCUGCCUCAAUCAUGAAGCUUCUCCUUCUUGCUACCAACCUAAACUUCUGCACGCUCCUGGUGUACUUCCUGUUUUUAGCGCCCACAGCCCAUCAGUAAACAGUGAAUACUACAUCCGCAUCGAAGAACCCGUAGACUGUAACAUGGAGCCUGAGUAUACCAUGUGCUCCUAUAGUCCAGACUGCCAGGGAAGCAGUGGCAACUUCCUCACCGGCAGUGCAGACUCAGAUGAAAUGAUGGUCUGCCCAACUCAGGCUAAAAACCUAGACCCCUUCUGGUCAGCAGACAUGCACAAAUCAGAUGUCUAUGAUUCAAAUGAGUCCAGUCCUGCUAUCUCUCUGACAAUGGAACCCCUUUUAGGGCAGGUUGCAGACAGCAGCCCUCUACGACCGUGGGAGUCCAGUCACUAUGUGUCCUACAAAGAUCGAGAUGGAGGUUACUACUAUGAGCACACGUCACCUGUGGACAUAGAACGCUAUCUUAUGGGGGGUGAGAUGUCCACUGAACACCUUCAUGAAAGCUGGGGAUCAAGGAGUCUUCGUCAGGCAUUGGGCGAGUUGGAGACCCCAGUGGGAAUAACUCCGUCUUUCAGUAGUCCCCUUGAAGAGGCCUACAGUGACUCUUACUUGGACACAACCCAAACCUCAAUCCUCGAUAAGACAGUGACAGGAGGCUACUAUGACAUGAUGGGCUCCCUGAGGAAGACCAUGCCGAGCCACAGCAGGCACAACAGCCACUCGGUCAGCAUCAACGUGGAGACAGAAGGGGCGCUCUUCAUCGGACGCAAGGAGAGCGAUUCAGAACAGGAAGAAGAAGAGGACAUAUUUAUAGAGAGGUACACUUGCAACACAUGGCCUUCUAAACAUCGCCAUCGAAACGUUGUGCACCCAAGACGAGCGAGCCAGAGCUGCAGACAAGACACCUAUGUGGACUUUCAAUACACAAUGCCGAGCACAGACAUCGAAGAUUCCUGGCCUGAGGAGCGCAGCCUGGCCUUCCACAGUCUACCCAAGUCUGUCAACUACCUGGAGCAGCACCAGGCUAAAGACAGCAGCUGUCUGAGUCGACACCAUGCAACUGCAUCCUUGGAGGGCUGUGAGGCUUUUGUCUACUUGUGUCACCAGAGCGAAACCCAAGGAGCGCCACCAAGAGAUUGCUGCCACUCACACUUUGUCGACCCACUCACUGGCUUGCUAGUCAGAGGCAGCAACUACUGCUACGCUCCGAACGACUACAUCAGCGACAAAGUUAUCGAUAUCUCGAGCAAUGAAGAGAUGAUCAACCUUUCACCGGCACCGGGGGGUCCAACUGUGUCCAAAGCUGCCUUGAUCAAGCCUGAGGGCCGAACAUGUGUGGCCCCUUGCGACGAGACCAAGAAAGCUCUACUGGUGACAAAGCCUACAAGAGACCAAGAUAUGACUCAAACUUCUCCACCGCCUGCAGGCAACACGCACAUCAUGGUGGUCCUCACAGACCCGCCGUCAGAGAAGAGUCAAACGGGAGACAGCGGUCUCGAUCAAGGCUGCUCCAGCGUAAGCCUUACGGACAUCCUGGACUGCAGCGACAACGAAGACGAUGACAUGACUGAUGACAUCACUGAUAUUACUUCAGGGAUCUUCGCAGACGAUGCUUCUCCUGCCUUCAAGUCACUACAAAAGCAGGUGGGAACACCAGAUUCCAUGGAGGCUAUGGAGGUACCGUCUGCAGCCGGUUUAUGUGAGGGUUCCAGCCCAGCCUCCCGCCCUUCCUGUUCCCCCAAAGCAAUGGACAGUGGCUACGACACAGAAAAUAACGAGAGUCCAGAGUUUGUCCCAAAGGAACCUCAUGAACCCAGAGACCAAGCUACAACACAGCUUGUGAGUCUGGAGGAGGACGAGGCACAGGAGAUAUCACCAGAAGAAGAAGCAUCCUUUGAUGACUCCCAGUCACGUGACCACACCUUGUUACCACUGAGUCUGGAGACGCCACAUAGUGACUCUGCCUACUUCUCAGACUAUGAGAAUGAACAUCAGUCCAAGAAUGAGGAGGAGCAACUGCACUAUAAAGAAGAAGAAAAACCAGAAGACACAGAGACGAAUCAUGGAAGCAGACAUGGAGAACAUUCUUGUCCAGCACAAAGUGGAACUUCGGAAAGAGCAGACUGUGACUGUGACGACUUGCUGGAUUCUUCAGGUGGACUCGAGGAGUGGCCAUCGCAGGAGGAGAACUUGUCUCUUGGAGACUGGGCAGCAGAGGUUGUUGGAGCCAUGGAGGAGGCUCUUGAUGCCCUUAACGGACAGCCUGAGGAGGAGGAGGAGGAAGAAGGAGAACAAUUCUGUCAACCUCCCGAAAAAAGACCAGGGAUAGAAGUCCUGCACAUCUUACCCAGAGAUGAGGUGGCCUUGCAACACGCGGCCAACACAAGAAGGUCAUCAUCAUCUUCUCCUCCGCCUCCAUCUCUUGUUGACGGGGAGGAGGCGGUCAAGGAGGACGACGACUCCGAUGACAGUGAUGAGACGGAUGAGGAGUUGAAGACCUACAGUGUCCAAGAGGAGGAGAGCGAGGACGAGUCCUAUGUGGUACCUGUGGUGGUGUGUGACGACAGCCACGCCCUCAAACUGCGAGGCCUCCUCAAGACGCAGACUCUGCUCAACCUCCAUGAGGAGCUGGAGCGCAAGAAAAGGACGGUGUCCUUCUUUGAUGAUGUCACCGUCUAUCUGUUUGAUCAGGAGAGUCCUACUAAAGAGCUGGCUGCUCACGGACUCCCUUUGGCCACAGAAGGUCUCGGAAAAUAUCCUGAGAGGGUCUCUGACGACUCAUCAGACGGGAACGUCUCCGAGGAGAGUGCAGGCUUGGAGUGGGAGGACGACUUUCCGCUGCUCCCGCUGCCGACGUCCUCGGCCACUCUGGACUCGCCUCCCCACUCCGGCCCCACCAAAGCUCAGGAGACGCAGCCGGCCGCGAAGUUUUCCCGCUUCACCGUGUCCCGCUUCUCCAUCACGCACGUCUCCGACUCGGACGUGGACUCUGUUGGAGGAAGCAGCGAGGACGGAGACAAGGAGUGAAGGACAGGUUCUUGCCCCAGGGACCAGACCUGGACAUGUGACCACCGCGUGGGAGUGGCCUGGACAUCCUUUUCAUGUGUAGAAAUAUUUAUUGUGACUAGUUUCACUCUGCAGGGAUUCACUCGAUGAGGAGGAAGACCCGAUGGACUAAAAAGUGGACAGACGUGACCUCUUUUAGGACACAAGCAAGGAAGGAAGGACACAAGGAGACCAAUAUGUUGAAUCAUUUCGUAGCGAGCUCCUCGCAUCAAGUACAAUCUUCUAGUCCGUGCAUGUUCCCACCGCGUCUUGCUCUCGAUAACGUCCAUUAUGGAGGCCACCUCGGCUUUUGCGCUGUCCAAAAUAAUCAGGUCACAUUUUGCUGCUUCGCUUUGUGCCGCUUCAGAAAAAUGUUCACAGUGUCCCUAUUGUUUUGUUCCACCUCUUACUGUAAUAAUGAAGAUAUUAGGAAGCGUUCACGGUGAAAGGACUAUAAAAUGUCAAAUAAACCUUACAUUUGUAUUUAACAUCAAUUAUAAACUGACAGUUAAACAGUCAAAAGAAGCUCAACUGAUGCACAGGAACAUGGAUAGACUGAUUCAAGACUUGUUUAAGACUGAUUCAAGACAUAUUUAAGACAAAUUCAAUACUUGUUAAAGAAAAAUUCAAGACUUGUUUAAGACUGAUUCAAUACCUUAAGACUGAUUCAAGACUUGUUUGAGAUUCAGAUUUAAGACUUAUUAAUGACUGACUCAAGACUUAUUUAAGACAAAUUCAAUACUUGUUAAAGACAAAUUCAAGACUUGUUUAAGACUGAUUCAAUACCUUAAGACUGAUUGAAGACUUUUUUGAGAUUCAAAUUUAAGACUUAUUAAUGACUGACUCAAGACUUAUUUAAGACAAAUUCAAUACUUGUUAAAGACAAAUUCAAGACUUGUUUAAGCCUGAUUCAAUACCUUAAGACUGAUUCAAGACUUGUUUGAGAUUCAGAUUUAAGACUUAUUAAUGACUGAAUCAAGACUUAUUUAAGACAAAUUCAAUACUUGUUAAAGACAAAUUCAAGACUUGUUUAAGACUGAUUCAAUACCUUAAGACUGAUUCAAGACUUGUUUGAGAUUCAGAUUUAAGACUUAUUAAUGACUGACUCAAGACUUAUUUAAGACAAAUUCAAUACUUGUUAAAGACAAAUUCAAGACUUGUUUAAGACUGAUCCAAUACCUUAUUAAGACUGAUUCAAGACUAGUUCGAGACUCAGAUUUCAGAUUUAUUAAUGACUGAUUCAAGACUAAUUUAAGACUGCUUUAUGACUUAUUUAAGGCGUAUUCAAGACUUGAAAUGAAUACAUAUUCAAGUCUUCCAUGUAGGACUGUUCCAAGACUUGUUUAAGACUGAUUGAAGACUUUUUUUUUUAAAUAUCAGACUGAAUCAAUACUUAUUUUAGACUUAUAUUCAAUACUAAAUUAAAACUGAUUCGAGACUUGUUUUUAGACUCAGAUGUAACUUAUUUAAAACUGACCAAAACGUUUUUAAGACUUAGAUUUGGGAUUUAUUUAUGACUGAUUGAAAUAUGAAAUACUUAUUCAAGACUUACAGUAUUCAAGACUUGUUUGAGACUCAGAUUUAAGACUCAUUUAUGACUAAUUCAAGACUUGAUACUGAUUCUAGAUUUAAGACUUAUUUAAGAGUAAAUCAAUGUUUUUUAUGAUUAUUUCAGACUGAUUCAAUACUUACUUAAGAUUUAAAUCCAAUACUUAAUUAAGACUCAAGAUGAAAGAUGAUUUAGUAUUUCAGUAUUCAGGACUGAUUUAUGACCGUUUAUUUAAGACUGAUUCAAGACUUCUUUGAAAUACCUUAAGACUGAUUCAAGACUUGUUUAUGACUUGGAUUUAGGAGUUAUUAAUGAUAGACAUGUUAAAUACUGAUUUAAGACCUACUUAAGACCGAUUCAAAAUGUAUUUAAGUCUUGUAUAAGACAUAUUCAAGACUUGUUUAAGACUGAUUCAAUACCUAACUAAGACUGAUUCAAGACUUGUUUUCAGACUCAGAUUUAAGACUUUUUAAUGACUGAUUUGAGACUAAAUUAAGACUGAUUUAUGACUUAUUUAAGGCCUAUUCAAGACUUGAAAUUAAUACUCAUUCAAGACUUCCAUGUAGGACCGUUCCAAGACUUGUUUAAGAGUCAUCAAAGACUUAUUUAAGAAUUCAAUUUAGGACUGAUUC